CAUGUUUGCUAACUGCAAAGGAAGUAGAUUUCAAACCUCCAAGACUACCACUGGGGCACUCGUGUGAAUGUAUCAUCAGAAAAUCUAACAUGUUUUUGCUAAUCAAUGUCGCUCUCAUCUUGUGGUUUUCCUGUGUUCAUGGGCAAGUGAAAUCUUGUGAUUUUCCAGUAAUAAAACAUGGAAAGUUAUAUUAUGCAUUUAAAGGAUACUUUCCAGCAAGUGUAGGUCAACAGUUUUCCUAUCGCUGUAAACGGCAUUUUGUGACUCCUUCACAAAGUUCCUGGGACUACAUGACUUGCACCCUGAAAGGAUGGUCUCCAGAAGUGCCCUGCCUCAGACAAUGUACUUUCAAUUAUUUGGAAAAUGGAUAUUACACAAAUUCCCAUGAAAAGUAUUUACAAGGUAAAACUGUAAGAGUCCGCUGCCAUGAUGGCUAUAGUCUUCACAAUAAUCAGAACACAAUGACCUGCACAGAGAAGGGCUGGUACCCUCCCCCAAUAUGCGUCCGUGUCGGACUUCCCUGUGGACUUCCACCUUCAGUUCAGAAUGGUGUUGUACGUCACAAGAAAGACAGUUAUCAAUACGGAGAAAAAGUCAGAUACACCUGUAACAAAGGAUUUAGGAUUUAUGGAUUUGCAUCUAUAAGAUGUUUAGGAGGAAAAUGGUCCCGUACACCAAAAUGCAUAAGCACAGAUUGUUUUAACUUGCCCAGCUUUGAUGAUGCUGUAUUCAUAGGCCAGAAGAAGAAAUCAUAUAGAUCAGGAGAACAAGUGGCUUUUAAAUGUCGACCAUAUUAUCAGCUGAAUGGAUCCAACACUAUACAGUGUGUUAAGAGCAAAUGGAUAGGAAGGCCAGUGUGCAAAGAUGUUUCCUGUGUGAAUCCACCCAGAGUGGAAAAUGCAGUUAUACAAAAUGACAGACCUAGGUAUCUAAAUGGUGAAAGAGUACGUUAUGAAUGCAUCGGGACUUAUGACAUUUUAGGGGACGUAGAUGUGACAUGUUUAAAUGGAACUUGGACAAAACCACCUCAGUGCAAAGAGGCCUGUGAAAUUUCAGAAGAAAUGAUGAAAAAAUAUAACAUACAGUUAAAAUGGACAACUUCAAAAAAACUUUACUCUAAAACACAGGAUCGUAUUGAAUUUAUAUGUAAAAGUGGGUAUCAUCCAGUGACACCAGAUCAUACAUUUCGAACAGCUUGUCAGGAAGGAAAAGUGGUGUAUCCUCAUUGUGGACAAAACACUGGUUAAAUGCAGUUGUAUGUACAUGUAUUGAGAAUUUUUCAUUAUUAAUCCAAUUCUCAGUUUAUUUUAUCAAGUAUUGUUUAAAUCAUUUUGAUUCAUAAAUCAGAUGUUAUGGGGAUGAUGAAAUUAUAGUCAGGAAGACUAAUGAAUCACUUCUUUAAA